CAAACAACUUCCAUUUUUUAUUAUAUAAAACCGCACUACCUUUUGUCAUUUGUCCCUAUCAACGAAGAUUCCAAAAAAACAGUAAUGACAAAGAUCGAGCUUGUGUUUAUACCUUCACCAGGCAUCGGCCACCUCCGGCCAACCGUGAAGCUAGCUAAGCAACUCAUCAGCAGAGACGAUCUUAUCUCCAUCACUUUCAUCAUCAUCCCUCCUAGAAACGACGUCGGCGAUGUAACCGCUUAUAUCGCAUCACUCACUACAAAGUCUCAAGAUCGUCUCCGUUACGAAGCUAUCUCCGUCGUUAAAAAAUCACCGAACGCUGAUCUAGAGCCAUCUCAGGUCUACAUCGAGAGACAAAAGGCUCAAGUGAGAGAUGCAGUUACUAGCAUUCAAGAUCCAACAAGAAAGCUGGCAGGGUUCGUGGUGGACAUGUUCUGUUCCUCGAUGAUCGAUGUAGCCGACGGAUUCGGAGUUCCGUGUUACAUGAUCUACACAUCGAACGCUACGUUUCUUGGAAUGACUCUUCACGUUCAGCAAAUGUACGAUGAGAAGAAGUAUGACGUCAGUGAUUUGGAUGAGUCCGUGGACGAGUUGGUGUUUCCUUGUCUGACUCGUCCUUAUCCUGUGAAGUGUCUCCCUCAUAUCCUCAGUUCAAAGGAGUGGUUUCCUUUUAUCCGAACUCUAGCUAGAUCGUUUCGGAAAAUGACGGGUAUUUUGGUAAAUACUGUUGCUGAGCUGGAACCUCACGCUUUGAAAAUGUUCGAAGGUGGUGAUCUUCCUCAAGUUUAUCCAGUUGGACCAGUGUUGGAUCUUGAAAACGGUUCUGUCGAUGAGGACGAGAAGGGAUCAGAGAUUUUGCGGUGGCUUGAUGUGCAACCGGAUAAGUCUGUUGUGUUUCUUUGUUUCGGGAGCAUGGGAGGUUUCACUGAGGAACAAACUAGAGAGGUAGCUGUAGCGUUAGACCGAAGCGGUCAUAGGUUUCUUUGGUCACUCCGUCGUGCGUCUCCGAAUAUAAGGACGGACGGUCCCGGAGAUUUCACUGAUUUGGAGGAGGUUCUUCCGGAGGGGUUCUUGGACCGGACAUCGGACAGAGGGAAAGUGAUCGGAUGGGCACCACAAGCGGCGGUGCUAGCGAAACCGGCUAUAGGAGGAUUUGUUACUCACUGCGGGUGGAACUCGAUGCUAGAGAGCUUGUGGUUCGGUGUUCCGAUGGUGACGUGGCCGCUAUACGCGGAACAGAAGGUGAACGCGUUCGAGAUGGUGGAAGAGCUGGGACUUGCGGUGGAGAUACGGAAGUGUAUUAGAGGAGAUUUGGUGAUGGUCAGUGAGAUGGAGACGGUUACGUCAGAGGAUAUAGAGAGAGCGACCAGACACAACUGUGUUUAUGUAGUAAUGUACUUUUAUUAG